CUCUCUUCCUCGGCCACUGUGAAAUUAUUUUCCCUUUUCUUUUCUUUUCUUUUCCUUCAAAAUUUUCUCCGCAUAAAUAAACAAAAAAAACACCUCACAAAUUCAACCACAAAAACCCCACGCUGUUUCUUCAAAAUCUCCCUUUCAUUUUCACCUUUUAUUUUUCCCAUUUUUGUCUAUACAUACACAUAUAUACAUAAAAGUUAAACUAAAAAUCUGCAAAUUUCACAGACCUUUCUAGCUUCUACCCUUCUUUUUAUACAAACCCUUUUCACUCUCUCUCUCUCUCUCUCUCUCCUGCAAGUCUAAGCCCUUUUGGGUUCCAUUGAUUAGAGAGAGGUCUUCGAAAAAGCGAUGUCAGGCCUCUACAAUCCCAACUUCUCACCUGCAAGGGCUGUUUCUCCGCAGAUUAGAAGUACCCCAGAUGUUGAAAGUAAUCAGUACUGGUCGGAGCUGUUGGCAGAGCAUCAGAAGAUUGCACCCUUCAUGCAAGUUCUUCCGAUAUGUAACAGACUGUUGAAUCAAGAGAUUUUACGGGUUUCUGGUAUGAUGCCCAACCAAGGUUUUGGUGAACUUGACAGACUGCGGCAUAGAAGCCCCAGUCCCAUGGCUUCUUCAAACCUUAUGCCAAAUGUUCCAGGAUCACGGUUGGGUGGCUGGAAUGGCAUUCCUCAGGAG